GCGCUCCUGCACGGCUACGCCUUCGUGCCCUCCGCGGGCCAGCCCGCGGGCGCGCCCACCCUGCGCGGCGCUGCGCCCGCCGCGGCCGCCGCCUACGGGGCGCUGGCGGCGGCCGUGCCAGAGCCGGCGGCGGCCUGGAGCGAGCAGGAGCUGAACAAG